AAUCAUCAACCUUCCUCAGACCAAUCGGUCUCGUUCACAGCCACUUUGUAGCCAAAAACAUGGUGGUCAAGACUGAAAGAAUGUCUCUCAGUUCUGUCAUUCAACAAAUGAAUCAAAGACGUAAUUUCUCACAAAAUAACACCAACAGAGGAUCAUCCGGUCAUCACGAACAAGAACAUAAACAACACACUAAAAAAACCGAAUUUGAAGAAUUAGAUGAUGUGUUACCAGAACCACCAAAGAGAGAAGUCCUCUUGGCAAAGAUUGCCGGUGCAUCAGCAAUGUUCUGGAUUUUGUACAAAAUGAGACAAGAUGGUUUGAUCGUAUUUGGUUUGGAAAAGCCGCACUGGGAACAUGCUAUGGAAGAUGAUGAAUCUGACAGAGAUGAUGAAUACUUUGAAAAUGCUCUUCAAGAAGAUGAAGAAUCUCUCGACCUCAAGAUUGAAUAUCACUUGAGCAAGCCAGAAUCCAACUUUGAUAAGAAAUUCGACAUUUUAAAGUUGAAGUAAAUCAAUUUAUUGGAACAUUAUCACUACAUCAUCAUUUCCCGAGUUUAAUAAUUAUUUAAUAGGUCUCUCCUCUCACAAACAAUUGCUAUUUGUAUUUAAAAGGGAUUUUUAUCCAUAGCACUCACAUAAAACAAAAUUCUUAAUGUU